AUUUUCUCACACGGUCUAGGUCACUUUUAGUGAAACACGUCAAUUUAUAUAAAAGGACGUAAAAACAGAUCUUUGAACAGAUUAAUUACAACCGUUUAAUCUUGCAUUAUAUAAACAAAAAAUGAACAGCGAUCCCAGUCAAAUCCACAACAUUUUAGAAAAGAACCACGAGGCUCAUUCUGACGCUGAGCGUAAGAAGUUGGCAGAAGAGGCUAGCAAGCUCCACGAAAAAGCUACUGGUCAUUCUUUGAAAAUUGAUGAGCACGGCAAUGUUGUAACCGAAUGCGAAGAAGCCAAGGGAUGCCCUGCCCUCCAUUAAAGCAUCAAUGCCUUUUUUCCCCCGUUUUUCACUGAUACAUUAUGAAUUAUACCUUUUUUGCUUAAACAAUCCGUGAACCAAAUAAAUUAUAUUUUUUGUUGCCAGUUUUUAAU